AUGGUGGGACAGCGAAAGUUUCAGCUGAGCGAGGUGGCCGCCCUCCAGCGGGACCACGUCAAGAUCCGUGAUCCGGCCCGCGUCGAGCUGAUGCUGAACGAGCUGGUGGCGGGUGGCAGGGAGAAGCUGCAGGUGGUGACCGAUUUCGAUUACACAAUCACCAAGCAGCGGCUCGCGAACGGCGAGAAGGUGCUGACGAGCUUCGGCAUGUUCAACGAAUGCAAAUCGAUCCCGCAGGAUGUGAUACUGGAGCAGCGCAACCUCUACCACAAGUACCGGCCGAUCGAAAUCGACCCGCACAUGGCGCACGAGGAGAAGGUGGUCUACAUGAUUGAAUGGUGGGCCAAAACGGGCGAUCUGCUGCGAGGCUUCAAGCUACCCCAGGAAGACAUCGACGAGGUAGCAAAACGGUACAAGGAUGGGCUGCGCGAUGGCACGCACGACAUGUUCAAGGAGCUGCACGAGCUGAACGUUCCCUGUCUCGUGUUUUCGGCCGGUCUGGGCAACUGCGUAUCGUCCGUGUUGAAGCACGCCAACGUCAUGUACCCAAAUGUAAAGCUAGUGUCUAAUUUCCUGCAAUUCAGCGAAAAUGGCAUGCUAAACGGUCUGCAGAAUCCAAUGAUUCACACGUUCAACAAAAACGAAACCGUCCUUGACGGUACCGAGUACUACGACAUUGUACACUCGCGCGACCACGUCAUAGUGAUGGGAGAUUCGCUCGGAGACGCCGGGAUGGCUAGUGGUGUGCCAUCCUCUUCCCACAUCCUGAAGAUAGGAUUUCUGUUCGAUCAUCCGGAACUGAAUCUACCUCGGUACAUGGACGCGUUCGACAUCGUGCUGGUGGACGAUCAAACGAUGGACAUCCCGCGGGCGAUUGUGGACAUGGUAAAGAAGCAAUCGCACGAGUGAGCUAGCAGCUAUUGCCCCGAACAAUAGCACAUUGCAUUCAAUGGUCGCGCAUCGUUUCGAGCGGCUUUCGGAGCGUGUGGCCAUCCAUCACAAAGCCAUCGUCGCUGGCCUGGCGACUGGCGCACCAUCCGGCCUCGGUUGACUUAAUUAUACUGUGCGUUACUACUUUACUGCCGGAAAUGUAUCUCAACGUUUUCAGCGCGAGGACAAACAACGUGAGUUUGUUGCGUUUUUGUUCCAGUGUUUGUGAUCGAUUUUCGAUAGGAAGUUUUGUUGAUUUGGUUCCGUCUUGUAAUGUUUUUUUUUUCAUACAUCAUGACACAUUUCUGAGCAUUUUGUAAGCGUUUCACGCUACGUCAGAAGAUUCGUUCGAAGUAAAUGUGAAGUUAAAGGAAAAUAUAAAUUCUGGACUAACGCUGUGUUUUGUAUCUGCUGGGGUGAGGAUGCUAUGAUGGAUUAUGAUGGUCAUACUAUUAGAGAAUUAAUACCAUUUUACUCGCUGGAAUGAGCGGGAAUAAUGAAUAACCGCCGGUGACCCUUUCAAAUCAA